AUGGCUGCCGAAAACAAGCCGGAAGGGUUGAAAAGGAUAAGGAAUCCAGAGCGGAUGAUUAGAAUUGCCGUGGGAUACACAGGACAUGCCCCUCCCAAGAGUGAUGACACUGACACCAACGGUGAGCCUGGCCAGUUGAAGAUCUACCUACCUAAGAAGCUGUUGGAGUGUUUGCCCAAAUGUUCCUCUCUACCCAAGGAGCGCCACCGCUGGAACACCAAUGAGGAGAUUGCAGCGUAUCUGAUCACAUUUGAGAAACAUGAAGAAUGGCUGACGACAUCACCCAAGACCAGACCUCAGAAUGGCUCGAUGAUCCUGUACAACAGGAAGAAGGUAAAGUACAGGAAGGAUGGCUACUGCUGGAAGAAGAGGAAAGAUGGGAAGACCACCAGAGAAGACCACAUGAAGCUCAAAGUACAGGGAGUGGAGUGUCUGUAUGGCUGUUAUGUCCACUCCUCCAUCAUCCCUACCUUUCAUCGCAGAUGCUAUUGGCUGCUCCAGAACCCAGACAUAGUGUUGGUACACUACCUGAACGUUCCAGCGGUGGACGACAGUGGGAAGCCAUGUGGGCCUGUCCUCUGCUCCAUCAACACAGACAGGAAGGAGUGGGCCAAGUGGAGCAAGGAGGAGCUCAUUGGACAGCUCAAACCCAUGUGUGCUGGGAGUAGCCUGCACCAGAAAUGCUCCACAGCCAAACACCGCAUUAUCUCCCCCAAAUUAGAAGCAAAGACAGGGACAGGGGAUGGGACUGGGACAGGGGCUGGGACAGGGACAGGGUCUGGGACAAGGUCUGGGACAGAGGUGCAGAACAGUGAUGUGUCUGAGGGGCAGACAGAGCCCAGUCCUGGAGUGGGGGCCAGGAGCAGAGGAGGGGGGGAGAGGAAGAAUGGAAGGUUGCCCAAACCCUCCCUGCUUCCCCAGAGCAGCAUGGAAGUCUCCUCCACAUCCACCAAUCAGGUGGAGGUUCCCGACACCACACAGAGCUCCCCACUGUCAAUCACCAGCGACAUUACUGCAGACAGUCCCGCCCUCGGCCUGGCCAGGAGCCUAUCACAGAGCUCUGCUGCUGUGUUCAUGUCUGAGGUUGCCACGGUAACAGGGGAUUCCGUGUACACCACAGAACACGCCCAGCUGAUUGGCUCCACCCAUGACGCCACCACCACUGGGAUUCUACUGGCUGUUGCCCCAGACACCCAGCGCUUUGAGUUCCCUGGGCGGGUGGGGUUAGCAGAGGAAGGGGGGGAGUUGGUCCUCUCCAGCAGUCUGGAUGCUGGAGGUUCUGGAGUCAACCUUCUUGAGACCAGCAUGAACUUUGACCCAGACUGCUUCCUCAACAACCCCAAGCAGGGCCAAACAUACGGGGGAGGAGGGGGUAAGGCCGAGGAAGGUAGCUGUAAUAGUGAGGGGGGGCUCCGCUGCUCUCCACAGUCACUAACGGCUAACGGCUAUUUAUUCAACGCCACGCUCGUAAACAUCAAGACCGAAGACACUCCCCUGGAGCAGCCGCUGGAUAAUCAGAGCGGGUACGCUGGCGAGGGGACGGGCCUGAGCCCUAGCACCACACUGGAGCAAAUGGACUUCAGUGCUGUGAUGUCAUCAGCCUGCGCCCAGAGCUUGGCACAGCAGAUACACCAACACUCCCCCAGUCUCUUCUUGCAGGCCUCCCCUAAGACCCCCCUCGCCCAGGCCACCCAGCCCCAGAUCUGUGCCUCUGAGACGGGCCAGAACUCAGGCGAGACCCAGGCUUAUCUGGGCCUAUCUACUAUACCACAGACUGACUCUACAGGCACCAACGGAGACCCUCACACUUACCUCCACCAACCCUCACCAGACCAACAUGGCCACAGUGAGGAAAGCAGCCAGGGGGAUCUAGUGGGGCUGGGUAGCUUUCCUGUAAGGGGGCAGGAGAUCAGAAAAGACCAGCUGAGCACCAGAGGACCUGGGAAGGUGACGUCCCCAGAGAAAGAGACACAAAAGAGGGCAGAGUUACUCCUCAAUCCUGGGGAACAGCAUGAGGCCUACAGAAACAACACUGGUGUUGGGAGAGGUGGAGAUCACUACCUACAGCCAACAACCAAGAGUGGGGGAGUAGAGGGAGGACAAGAAAUAGGAGGGAAAUAUAUUUUCAGUAACGGGGUCAGAGAUGCAGGAGUUAACAGCUCAGUGGUGGACAGUCCUCAGUCUCUAGCUGGAGCAGCCAUGGAGGGGGGGUUGUACAGCUCUACUCUUCCCCAGCCGGGUGUAGGUGAGGCUGGGGGAGCUGAGGGAGCAGGCGGGGGCAUCAGCCUGGAAGGCUUUGAGGCAUCGUUUGGGAACCAGUUCUCUGACCUCAUCAAUGACUUCAUCUCUGUUGAGGGGGUGGAGGGGGCGCGGUGGCCGGGACAGGAGGCAGUGCACUCUACACCCCUGCUCUGAUGCCCCGAGGAGGUUGGGGAGGGCCAGGAGGCAGGAGCAGCCCCCAUUCAGGGUUCAGAGGUGGAGCAGGGACCUCUGAGAUUGCUGCCAGAGACGGGGAGGCUUUUUGGGGUGACAGACUACUCUCCUGAGUGGUCUUACCCAGAGGGUGGGGUGAAAGUGUUGAUAACAGGUCCCUGGCUGGAGGCCAGCAGGGAGUACAGCUGUCUGUUUGACCACAUCAGUGUCCCAGCUGCUCUCAUACAGCCAGGAGUACUGCGCUGCUACUGCCCUGCCCAUGAAACAGGUUUGGUGAUGCUGCAGGUGGCUAUGGGUGGGGAUGUGAUCUCUUCCUCUGUGGUGUUUGAGUAUAAAGCUCGAGACUUGCCCGCCCUGCCCUCCUCACAACACGACUGGUUGUCCCUGGACGAUACCCAGUUCAGGAUGUCCAUUCUGGAGCGUCUGGAGCAGAUGGAACAGAGGAUGGCUGAGAUAACCAAUCACCAUCAGAGCUCCGAAACCACGGCAGCCACGGGGGGAGGUGGAGGAGCAGGUGGCACUGACCACCAGUCCCAGCUCUCCCCAGCCGAGGGUUCAUUUGAGGGCCGUGUGGUGGUGGUGUGUGAGAAGAUGAUGACCCGUCCCUGUUGGGUUUCCUCCAAUCAGCUGAUCCACAGCCGGAGUUCCCGGGGCAUGACCCUGCUGCACCUGGCCGCAGCUCAGGGAUACGCAGGGUUAAUACAGACUCUCAUCCGCUGGCGCACUAAGCAUGCAGACAGCAUAGAUCUGGAAUUAGAGGUGGACCCUCUCAAUGUCGACCACUUCUCCUGCACCCCACUGAUGUGGGCCUGUGCUCUGGGUCAUACAGAAGCAGCGCUGGUUCUGUACCAGUGGGACCCCAGAGCAUUGGCCAUCCCUGAUUCGCUGGGCCGCCUGCCACUCAGUAUUGCACGCUCACGGGGACACACUCGCUUGGCCGAGCUACUGGAGCAGCUGCAACAGACUCCUCCUACUCAGAGUCCACCCACUGACACCUGGAUGGACAGGUGGAGCAGCGAAUCGGAGCCCAGUGGACAUAGGGAAAGCCCCGCCCCCAGCUCUAACCCAGACCUAAGGAGAACCAGGACAGAACCACAGCAGAGCACCCAGAACCACAGCCAGAGUCAGAGCUGGGCUCACCAGGGCCAACCCCAGUUGCAAGGCCAACACCGGGGGCCACCAGACAACCAGGGAGACCUACCACCAGCCAAGAGACUCAAACUCAACCCUGAGGCCCAGCAACAGCCAGUCAACCCCCCACGCUCUCAACUACCCAACCUCAGCCCCCUAAACACUCACCCCCCCAGACCCAGCUCUAACACCCCAAAUCCCCACUUCCCCAGCCCACCUCUGCAGGCCAGGUUAGGGGGGUCAGGGGGUGGCAGUAGGUAUAGCUUGCGGCAGGCUCUUGGGAGGCGGAGUUUGGCCAGGAGGAUUCUGGGAAAGGAGAGACUGGCCAAUCAUCUGCGUCAGAGGGGCGUAUCCACCAGGGGGGAGGAGCCAGAACUGCUGACCUAUCAGGAGAACAGUGAAGACCUGCAGAUGAACAUGAUGAUGCUGGCAGAACACAUCAUGGAGGCCACUCCUGACAGGAUCAAACAGGAGGGCUUUGUUGCCACGGAGACUGAGACGUCGCCACCGGAGACCGUUGGGGUCAGCGGUGAUGUCAGCUGGUUGGCUAGUUACAUUGGUGACGUGGAGCGGUUUCUAUACUCCAGGCCCCAGAUGCCCACCCCAAGCCCCAUACCAAGCCCCCUGUCUGGGCCUGAGGAUGAGGAAAGUCCCCUGGCUCCGCAAGGCCUGCCCUCCCCAGCCGACUGGAGCUCCUUCCUGCAUGCAUCACUCAGUGGAGAGGGCCCAGACACCAACCCUGCCCACCUCACACUGACAGAGGCGGAGCAAAGAGAACUGUACGAGGCUGCAAGACACGCCCACCACACCCUCAGAAAGUACAAGGGCCGGCCAAUCCAGGAGCAACGUAAAGAAACAGUAGCAGUGGUCCAGCGCUGCUAUAAGAAAUACAAACAGCUGUCAUGGAUAGCCUUGAAGUAUGCACUUUAUAAGAGGAUGACGCUGGCAGCCAUUUUGAUCCAGAGCCGCUUCCGCAGUUUCCACGAACAGAGGAAGUUCCAGCAGAGCCGGCGAGCAGCAGUACUGAUCCAGCAAUACUACCGCAGCUACAGACACUCUCUCAGGUACACACAUGGCACGCACAUAGGUCAUUAUCAAUACCACAUCACAAUAAGUCUCCUCACUAAGAGACAGAACCAGGCUGCCCGUAAGAUCCUGAGGUUCCUGCUCAGAUGCCGCCACAGGGCAAGAGAGCAGAGAAAGGCCAGGGGUCCUGAGAGCCCACGACCCAGUCCAACACAGAGCCCUCUCAUCCUGUGAGCUCCUCUCCACUCUUCUCUUCCCUCUCCUCCUGUCCCUUCCUCCCUCGGUCUCACACAGGGGCAAUUCUCUUUUCCUCCCUCUCCUCAUACCAAUCUCACAAUGGGACUACUUCACAGUCCACACUCCUCUUCUACAAACAGACUGCUAACACUCAAACAGGAGAAUGAGGAGGGAUACAUGGCAACUAUAUCACUGAGACAACACAGAGACAACUCUCCUCUCUCUCCUCCCCUGUUUCUCUGAGACAAACGCUUCCCAAACAGACAGGUACACUGCUCUGGGAGACUGAUGAACAUAUGGUCCUGGCUCUGGCCACAGCCUCGCUUUACUUUCCUCUUCCUCCAGAUCACAGAGAGGAAACUACAUUACCCUGCCUGGCAUCUUUGCACUCUUCACAGAUAGAUCAAUGUUUUCUUCAAGAGCAGAAAAGAACAAGAGAAAAAGAUCAGGAUGCAGCUGAAGAUGCACAUGUUUUUAUCGACCGUGUUCGAUACGGAGAAUGGGAUGAUUGGUUUUCUCAUAUGGGCAACAUUUGCAUUGACAUGCAUCAUCUAUAUUGGACCUGUUGUACUUGCUGUAUAUAUGAUACAUUUUAGGAAAGGAAAACAUAAACCAAAUAUCACUCCCAUAUCCUGUACAUAUCCUGUACAUAUCCUGUAUGCAUGCACUGUUUUUCACUAGCUCUUCUCCCAUGGCUUUUAUGGCAGUUGGCAAAGUCAAUGUGAUCACCACACUCUGAUUGGCUGGCUAGACAGGUCAACCAGUCACCCAGUCCCCCAAAGAGAAGUACUACACUUGAAUGUAAGAAGAACAUUAACAGAUAGGGGUUUAGGUGUAAAUAACAGUGUCUUAAUUUGUUAUAUUGACUUGUCUAUGAAGUCAUUCUCUGAGGAAGCAUUUUGCUAGCCUGAUGUGUGAGUCUGUGUUUGUUGAAUCUAAUGCAUGUGUUUGAGCUUUGAGCUCCUGCAUGCGAACCAAACUAGUUUGUUUUGUAUUUAUGUGUAGUGGUGUCUCACUUCUGUCCUCAUUGACUAUCUCUACCCUGUGUUUAUCAUGUGCUCUAUGUAAGAAAAUAACCUGGGUUUUCUGCUUUUAUUUAUCUAUUUCUUUCAUUUUUCUUAUUGACCUUUUUUUAUGUUCUUUCAUUUAAUUUACAGUAAGAAAAGGGCAUUUUAGCCCGAGUUAGUUUUAUCCCCCUAUUGUGUGGUAAUGUGUGGUAAUGUGUGGUAAUGUGUGACAUAUUCGGUUCAGAUGGUUAUCUGUCUCUGUCAAUUUGUUCUUAACAUGAACUUCAAAAAGCCACAUAUGGUUUUGAGGAGAGUGUCACAUUGCAUUGCCUUGACUUCUUAUAGUCUGUGAGAAGUCCCUAUACUUACUAUACACUAGCCCCUGUCUAGGACAUGGCUCCCUAUAUUAGCCCUUAUAGAGUUUAGCCCAACCCAUAUUUUUGACUAUUUAGCGUCUCUGUACAUAAAAUGACGAGGUAUGGGUAUAUAUGGAGACCCCGGAUCUUUUUCAUGAGAAAAGACUGUAUUUAAGAAUAUAUAUUAUUUUACUUCUAUAACAACAGUAUGAGCAGAUAGAGACCCGGGUAUACAGGACAAUUGUAUUGUUUGUAAAUAAUGUAAAUACUAACCAUGGAUCUAUGUGCAUGAGUUAAUAAGACAAAGAAACGGGGCAAGAAAAUCAACAUACAUUUUUUUGUGGCUAUGGACUGUAAGAGGAUUUGAACUACUUCACUUUACAAGUGUUUGAUAUAAGUGUUAUUGAAGAACAUUUUGCUAAAGCAUGACAUUGAUGAAAUCUUAUGUUAAAACCAGUGAUAUAAAGAAUAAGGGCAGAAAGCUAAAUGUAUACACAACAUGCUUUUGAUUUCAGGCUAGCAAGAAUGAAAUCAUUUGGCUAGUGGUGCCAAUUAUUAUGAAUUCUACUUUUCCCUGGGACCCUAGGAUUAGCGCAGGAGUUUUUCCUGACCAUGUGGUCACUUGUUCAGGAAAAACUCCUGGUCCAGGAGGUAAAACAUACAAGUAUUAAAUAUACUGUACACAGUCAUCUCAAGAUGGGUGGGAAAGCAAGGAGAACAUAAUCUAUUAUUUGAAAGUGUACACAGAAUGAGUUCCUGUCAGGUGUCAAAACCAAACAAACUGGUGAUGGGUGAUGUUUCUGUUAGUGUGGGCCUCUGUGGCUCAGUUAGUAAGAGCAUUGUGCGGGCAAUGCCAAGCUUGUUGGUUCAUUUCUUGCAGGGAUCACACACAUACUCAAAAUGUAUGCCCUCACUGUACUGAGUAAGUUACAUUGGAUAAAAGUGUCUGCUAAGUGGUAUAUACUUUUAUGUUAAUGCAAUUGCAGAUUUGAAACUUUCAUCUCUUAGCUUCAGACAGAUGUUUUCCCCUUCAAAUUCCCCAGUAUGUAAUUGCCAAUAGUAUGGCCUGUGUUACCAUGAGGCGUUUCCUUCCCUGGAGUGUCUUACAGAUUUGUUUUGACUGAGGAUUAUGACCAGUUUGGUUUAGAAAGUGCCUACUCAUAUACAGAACGUGCAAGCUAAUAUCAGGAACCCACUAUAUGUCUCCAAACGAGUUAACCCAUUCCUUCUAUAGUUGCUCAAAUUGUGUGUGACAAUUAUUCUACACAAAAGAUUGGCGCCCAGUCUUAUUUUGAACUCUAAUUGGUUAGUGAUUUUUGUUGUUCUUCCUAUACCUAAGUGUUUAUGCAUUCAACAUAUUCCAUUGUUAAAAGACAAGUUGGCUAUAGCAGAAACAGACUGAUACUAGUCCUGCUUUUGGUCCUCUAAGCAGAUGAUGUAUUUUCCUCCUCCUACCAGGUAGAUACUGAGUAGUGGAUCCCAGCAUACAUUACCAUGGUUCAUUUGGGUUGCUACAUUAUUAUUUUUAAAUCCGUAGCUCUGAUUUGCCCCCUACAUGUAUUUAUUUGUGAGAAGGAAACAAUGACAACGUUUCAAUCCUCAUUGGGAUCUCAGUUAGGUUGCCAGAUUAUGCCAUAUCUCUGACUGGGCUGGUUGAUAUAUUAUAGGCUAAAUUCUGCAUGGCGCAUUCAUGCCCAUUUUACAGUAAUGGCAGUACAUGUAGGCCUAGACACUGUCAUAUAGAUACCUUGGGUUAAGUCUUUAGUGAGAUGUAGAGCACAAGAAACCCUCUUUCUGGAAUUCAACUGCUGUAUGGUCAUUCUCAAGAUGCAAAUAUCUGUUUUGAACAUUGAUAAAGUGUAUUCUUCUGCAUGGAAA